CAGAGCCAAGCCUCAACCAGGAAAGGGCCUCUGAGACCGGGACGCCAUCACCACCAUCCAUCUCCGGCAUCAACCUGGGAUGAAAGAUGGCAUUGGCCUGGUGCAGCUGGUUUUUCGUCAGUGCCUGGAUGCUGAACACUAGGGCUGAGAUCUCCAUCACCCCUGAGCCCGCCCAACCUGCAGAGGGAGACAAUAUCACCUUGGUGGUCCAUGGGCUUUCCGGGGAACUGCUUGCCUACAAUUGGUAUGCAGGGCCUACGCUCAGCCUGACCUUCCUGGUGGCCAGCUACAUUGUCAGCACUGGUGAUGAGACCCCGGGACCGGCCCACACAGGGCGGGAAGCUGUGCGCCCUGAUGGCAGUCUUGCUAUCCGUGGUGCCCUGCCUGGGCACACUGGCACCUAUAUCCUACAGACCCUUAACAGGCAGUUUCAGACGGAGGUGGGCUACGGACACAUGCAGGUCUAUGAGAUUCUGGCUCCUCCCACGGUCAUGGCUAACGACACUGCGCUGGUGGAGCGUAGGGACACCCUUCGUCUAGUGUGCAGCAGCCCCAGCCCCGCUGAGGUCCGCUGGUUCUUCAAUGGCGACGCUCUGCCUGUUGCUGUCCGCUUGGGCCUGUCUCCCGAUGGCAGAAUGUUGACCCGGCACGGCGUCCGCAGGGAGGAGGCGGGCGCCUACCAGUGCGAGGUGUGGAACCCCGUCAGCGUCAGCCGCAGCGAGCCCCUGAACUUGACCGUAUAUUUUGGCCCUGAACGAGUGGCUAUUCUCCAAGAUUCCACCACCCGUACGGGCUGCACCAUUAAAGUGGACUUCAACACGUCCCUCACCCUGUGGUGUGUGUCCCGGUCCUGUCCUGAGCCAGAGUACGUGUGGGCCUUCAACGGGAAGGCCUUGAAGAAUGGCCUAGAUCACCUGAACAUCAGUAGCAUGACGGCGGCCCACGAGGGCACGUACACGUGCAUUGCUAAGAACUCCAAGACCCUACUUUCUGGCUCUGCCUCUGUGGUGGUCAAGCUGUCCGCCGCAGCCGUGGCCAUGAUGAUUGUGCCUGUACCGACUAAACCAACGGAGGGCCAGGAUGUGACCCUGACCGUCCAGGGCUACCCCAAGGACCUACUAGUCUACGCCUGGUACCGUGGACCCGCUUCAGAGCCCAACCGAUUGCUCAGCCAGCUGCCGUCGGGGAAUUGGAUCGCCGGCCCUGCACACACGGGCCGGGAGGUGGGCUUUGCCAAUUGCUCACUGCUGGUGCAAAAGCUGAACCUCACGGACGCCGGGCGCUACACACUCAAGACCGUCACACUGCAGGGCAAGACUGACACGCUGGAGGUGGAGCUACAGGUGGCCCGUGAGUGAGCGGUGUGGGGGGGCACAGUCCCACAGGUGGCCUUCUCUUUCCUCACAAGCCUGAGGGACACGGGCAUGUGCCUCUCCCAUCUGACCUGAGUGUCCCCAUA